AGUCUCUUGUUAAGCUAAUCGAGUACGUGCUUACAGACACAAGUUUUUGAAGGAGAAGUCAUAAUUAAGGAACUAUUUAUUACACCCAAAAUCAUUAAAAGGAGGUGUUUCCUUGCCCGAUAUAGUCAUUUACUCAACAGAGACAGACGACAGGACUCGGACUAGAAGAUGAACGUUUUGUGGAUCGUGAGUAUACUAGCUGUGGCGAGGGGAGCCACCGUACAGAUGGGGAACGUCCAGUGGUUUGAUUUGGAGGCCGCACAGAAACACCCAGAGCAGUUACAUAUCCUGAAGGCCAAGGCAGGGAUCAACUACCAGCCAUACGAACAAGCAUGGAAGGAAUUCCGAAUAUUAUUUAAUAAAACCUACAAAACUUUAGAGGAAGAGAGUCGGCGCUUUGAGAUUUUCAGAGAGAACGUUCAGAAGAUUGAGGAACACAACAAACUGUACCAUCUAGGCAAGAAAUCAUACUUCCUGGGAGUAAACCAAUUCUCUGAUCUGAAACACGAAGAGUUCUUGAAAUUCAAUGGUCUGAAAAAGACCUCUCUCAAAAAUGAGGGAUGUUCAAGUUACCUUUCUGCCAACAACUUGGUGGUACCUGACUCUGUAGACUGGAGAACAAAGGGAUACGUUACAGAUGUCAAAGAUCAGGGUCAGUGUGGUUCCUGUUGGUCCUUUAGUACGACGGGUUCUCUUGAGGGACAACAUUAUCGUAAAACUGGGAAUCUAGUAUCCUUCAGCGAAUCACAACUCGUGGAUUGUUCCGGAUCAUUUGGCAAUGAAGGUUGUGAUGGAGGACUUGUGGACAGUGCAUUCAAAUACAUCAAGUCUGUGGGAGGUAUUGAGAGUGAAGACGAUUACCCAUAUAAGCCAAAGGAAAGACCCUGUGAAUUUGACGAUACCAAAGUUGCUACCACAGUCAGUGGAUGUGUGGAUGUAGAGAGCGGAAGUGAGUCAGCACUGAAGAAAGCUGUGUCAGAGGUCGGCCCUGUAUCCGUGGCGAUUGAUGCCAGUCACUCCUCAUUCCAAUCCUACUCCGGAGGUGUGUAUGAUGAACCUGAUUGCAGCUCAAGGCAGCUGGACCAUGCCGUGCUGUGUGUUGGGUAUGAUACUGAUGAUGAGGGGCAAGAUUAUUGGAUUGUCAAAAACAGCUGGGGUGUCGAGUGGGGAGACGAGGGUUAUAUCAAAAUGUCCAGGAACAAGGACAAUCAGUGUGGAAUCGCAUCAGAGGCCAGCUACCCUCUAAUGUAGGGAACGAAGUCAUUCACAUACUUGUUCUCUCACAGAUUAUCAAGUGAAAGGAAAUCAGGCAGGUUAUGAUGGAUACACUUCCGUAAUUCAUUAUGAUGCUGAAUUUUAACGUUUCAUUCAUAGAUCAAACAAUUCUGAAAAAUCGUUAUUAGAAAAAGACUCCUAUGUAUACCGUGUGCAACUGUUCCUGAAGAUCUCUAAAGAUUGCUAUUUUUACUGUGUAUCAUUGUUACAA